AUGCAGACUAAAACUUCGUAUUAUCGUUUAGCCGACUCAGGUUUGAAUGGCCCUAAUCGCGAUGGUGAGAAAGAUGAACGUGAUAGAUCAGAAGGAGACAAUCAGCCUAAGCCACAGUUUAGAGAUGAAUGUUUCCGUAAAAUGGAUUUAAUGAUCGAGUUCACAAACCUUCGUAACCCGAGACAUUGUCCAAGUGGCGUUUAUGUUAUGCCCUCUGCUGACAAUUUUCAUAAGACUGGCAAUUUCUCUUUGACUCAACAAUUCAAGGAUUGGGAGCCACACAAAUAUUAUAUUUUCCAUGUGCUUCAUUACGUCAAGAAGUCGUUUAAAAAGGGUGUUUUGGAUAAUUUGUCAGAAAAACACUGCCUAAAUAAGGAUGCCCACGAUACUUAUCGCGACAACCCUAAAAGAUUUGGAAUUAUGGCCAAACAAUGUGCCGAUUUAUCAACUUCUGAUACGGUUUUGUAUGAUAAUCAUAACGAAUCCAAUCCAAUUCAGUUUUCAAAGCUAUCAGACGAAAAGCUUGAGGAACUAAAAUCAUUUAUUAGUCCACCGGCUACGGAGCGUGAUAGGCCCAAUUAUACUUCAAGAAGAACUUAUUCAACAUCUUCUAUUGCUUCCAUUUUGAAUCAGCAAACUGUCGCCAUGGAUUUGUCAUUACGCGGCUUGAUGCUUACACAUUGUCCUUCUUUUGAACGCUUA